CGCCGCCGCAGGUGAAUGCGGGGCGUCAGUACCAGAGCUAUUGUGAUUAGUCAGCGAUGCUGUCAAUCAGCCACCACCGCGGCAACACAGGCCCGCCCCACGACAUUCUCUCGGCGGUUGAUUGGUCACUGCGGCGGUGACGCGCGCCGGGAGUUUUACGGCCCUCGGUGUCGGGAACUGCUUGGAGAGGGCGGGUGGCGGGUCUGGCGGUUGGUGCUGCGCGCUGCCGCCAUGACGUUCAAGAGGAGUCGUGACCGCUUCUACAGCACCCGGUGCUGCGGCUGCUGCCAUGUGCGCACCGGCACCAUCAUCCUGGGCACCUGGUACAUGGUGGUGAACUUGCUGAUGGGCAUCUUGUUGACAGUAGAAGUGACUCAUCCAAAUAUGGUGCCAACUGUUGAUAUCCAGUAUGAAGUCAUUGGAAAUUACUAUGCUUCUGAGAGAAUGGCUGAAAAUGCCUGUGUUCUGUUUGCUAUCUCCCUCCUCAUGUUCACAAUCAGUGCAAUGAUGGUGUAUGGUGCCAUUGCUCAUCGUGUAGGCUGGCUGAUCCCAUUUUUCUGUUACCAACUCUUUGACUUUGUGCUCAGUUGUCUGGUUGCCAUCAGCUCUCUAACCUACUUGCCCAGAAUCAAGGAUUACCUGGAUCAGUUGCCGGAUUUUCCUUACAAAGAGGAUCUCCUUUCUUUGGACUCCAGCUGUCUCUUGUUUAUUGUUCUGGUGUUCUUUGUAUUAUUUAUCAUUUUAAAGGCAUAUCUAAUUAACUGUGUAUGGAACUGCUAUAAAUACAUCAUCAGCAGAAAUUUGCCAGAGAUUGCUGUGUACCCUGCUUUUGAAGCUCCUCCACAGUAUGUUCUGCCAACCUAUGAAAUGGCAGUGAAGAUGCCUGAGAAGGAACCUCCACCUCCCUACAUACCUGCCUGAAGCAAUUUUUAUGUUCAUUAACAUCUGUACCAGCUUCCUGGGGGUUUUGUCUUUUAAUCUUGCAAAACUGCUUAAGUAAUAGAAAUAUUCAGGGCUUUAGGAGCAAACUGUUCUGUUUAAAAUAUGUUUGAUAUAAACUUACUAAGCAACACACAUCUGAGAGUGAUUUCAUUUGCUUUAAUUUUUGUUCUCCCUAAUGCUCUUAAACAUUUUAUUGCCUUAGGGCCUUACACCUGCAAGAACUUAACGCAUGUGACUAACUUGUGGCUUUUAAUAAUACCAAUUGAGCCACUCUGAUUGAAGUUGGCCGUGAUUAAAGUGUCUGCAGGAUUAUGCCCUUAAUUUAUAUUAAUUUUUUGUAAAAUAGUUCAUAAAGACAAUCUGAUCGUGCAGCAAAAUGACAGUUUGCCUUUAUCCAUUUUUUGGAAGGGGAAGGGUUUGAAUGUGGUAUAUAUGUGACUUUUUUACUUUGCACUUUUCUCAUAUGUUAUCUUACCUUUUAUUGUGGUUUUUUUUUUUGGUUAUCCUAUGUCUUGAAACAGUAUUUUUGAGGAACAAGUGAGGGUGGCACAGGAGUUCUAUUACAACGAGCUGGGAAUGCAAGAAAAAUAAAUAGAAAUCUGGAAGAUGGUUGCAUGCUUCUAAUCUUCUAUGUAUUUUCCUCUUUGUGAUAAAUGAUACUUAAAUAAAUCUUUUACAAAAUGUUUA